ACGUGCCAAUUGAAGCGAAUGCAAAAUGUAAGCAGAAAUGGGGGAAAAAAACAUUUCCUGGUUGGAUGGUUAGCUAUUUAAGUGACAUCACCUGUCGAUACUUAAAUUUGUUUCUUUUAACAGUAGGUACAAGUAAUGUUUUGUAUAGUAUAGGCUUAUCCAGUAGAAUUUUUAAAUUAGGCUAUAUAUUUUAUAUAUUAUAGUUCAUUAAAUUCAGCAGUCAUACUGAUACUCAUACGACCAUCCUAGUAGAAUCCUACGUCUACGUAUUACUAGUAUUAUUACUUACUUAAAUUAAGUACAUAACAUAGUACUACUUGAAUUGUUAUUGUUACAAAACUUCAUUUCAAUGUGAAUGACAUAUAAUAAUAAUAGGCAUAGGCUAAGAAAUAAAUAGGCCUAAUCAGUUGUCAAUGCUAAUUAGGCAUACUAUAGUAGUAGUAGGCAGGGGCGUCUUUUUGUGUGUUAAUUAAUAAUUAUUAAUAUUAUUAUAGUUGCAGUGAAUUAGGCAACAUAGUUUUACAUAGGGAUCGAUUUAGGUUUCAGGUUAGCCCUUAGGGAUAGGGAUUGAUUUAGGGUUCAGGUUAGGCUUAGGGAUCGAUUUAGGAAUACAUUCGUGAAAUUCAAUAAAAUUGUGACAGUCGUCCCCGUAAAUUACAAUAGUUUCUUAUAAGUUUAACUUAGUUAAUAAGCUAGUAUUCGUAUUAAGUAGUAAAGAGUCACUCUCUCUAUUUCUAGUACUAGUGACAGUUAUAGUGCUGUUACCGUUAACUAAUUGACAUUGUUUGAAGUGUAGAGUAUAAAUAGAUUGUGCCUGACUUAUCUGUUGAAGAAUGAUUGUAAAAGAAUUUAGACUAGGUAGACACCCUCUAACUAUGACGGAACUGGUGAAGGCCUUCCCUUACACUUACUGGACUUACUAAUAAUUUGAUUAGUAAGAAAUUUAAUUAGUACAUUUAUAAGCUAAGGGCAGGGCCUAUAAAUUUUUAAAUGUUAUUGUUGACAAUAUUUUUAGCUGGUGCCGCUAGAUUUAGAGGAUAGUACUCUACUAAAGAUAACUUUUAUAUAAUAAUAUUAAAAUAAUAUAGGCAUAGGCCUACUUAUGACCAGUCCUGUCUUAAUAAGGCAUGGACAAGGGUGAUCAUGAUCCAAUCUGGGCACUGUGGUAAUGCACUGGGCCUCCUCCUUCCUCUCUUACCUAUGCAAGUAGGCAUAAUUAGUGUUAGGCAUUAAAGUAGGCUUAUUAUACUUAUAGUAUAGACAGUAAGGCCUAUUCCUUCACAUAAUUAAUAUUAUAGAUACUAUACUAUAAGACUAUAGAAUUAUUUAUUAAGUUAUAAUUAAGCUUUUGGUCCCCUGAAAACCACUGCAACACUAACCUAAAGGCUUAGUAAAGGUAAACAGGUCUGUUUAAGGACUUGUAUGUUUAUUGUGAUUGUGUGUUGUUUGGAGAGUAUUUGGGUAGAUGUUGCUAUUAAUACUAUUAAAUGCUUAGUAUUUUGUGUAAGGGGAAAUGACUGUUAGAGGGGUUGUUAUGGUGUGAAUGAUGGCUGUGCUGAGGUGUUGGAUUUUCGGAAUGUAUUGUAUUUGAAUAAAGAGACGUUUGUUUUAUGAAGCAUUGGUUUGUUUUAAGUAAAUGAAUAAACCCUAGACAAACAAAGCUAAUGAACCUUGGUAAGAACUGGUUUGUAACACCUAUGUCUUAUACUAUUGAGUUAAUUUAGACUAUAGCCUAUAAUAAACGUAGUGUAGUUACUGCUUGGACCUUAGGCUGUGUUUUCCAGGCUGCAUUAUUGAUCUACUUUUGAGAUAGCAGCUAAAGUAGUUAAAGGCUAAUGCAUAUUUAUUAUUUGAACGUGUGUGGUUUUGUAGUAAAGAAUAUGCUGUUUAUUCACAGGAUUCAGUUUUUAAGUCCUGGACACUGUAUGUAUAUUAUAAGAUAUAUUAGAUCUAUAUCUUUAUUACACAUUUAAAAAAAAAUUUGUGUUUGUUAAAAGGAAUUAAGGCCUGUUUAUCAGUAUACGAUUAUGUAAUUAAAUUAUAAAAAAUAAAUAUUUUUCCUCAAUGUAAAAGUUGGAAAAAAUAGUCAUAAAAAUAUACACUCUUUUUUUUAUUUUCAUUAUAGAAUCCUCAACUUUAUUUAAUUUACUGCUCUUAAAACUAUUUUUACAGUAAGUUAAUUAACUGCUGCGGUACACACAUCUUUGCUGCAUAACCAUCUAUAUUGACUUUUAUAUAGUCAUGCAAUGUAAUUAAAUCUUCUUCCAUAAUAAAAAGAUCCGUUUUUUUUUCUCUUAUAUUUAUCUUAUAUGUAUUUUGCUUUCUGGUGUGUCAUUCCCCCCCUCUCGAAAAUCUUUUUUUUUUUUUUUUAUUUUUCUUUUUUUUUUUUUUUUUUUCUGUGUGUCAUUCCCCCCCCCCCCCCCCAAAUGUUUUAUAUGAGUAGUACGGAAUGAAAAAAAAAGCUGUCACACAGCAAGCAUCAUGAGUGGCGGAUAAACUCUGGUAAAAAAUGUGAUUUUUCUUUCUGAUUUAGGUGAUUUAGGGUGAGGCAACUAUUAUAAUAAUCAAUAAAGAGCCAUGGGUAUUAUUUUGGACUGUCUGUAGGACUAUUGUUUAAAGGUCGGUGGGUAGGGUUUAGGAAAGUCUGUAGGCUUAUUGUUUAUAGGCCAGAAGGUAGGUUGUAGGGCUGUCUGUAGGACUCUUUUUUUUGUAACACUUAGACCCACCGUGUAUAUUUUCAAAAUAUCCAGACCCGGUUUAAAAAAGUUGCACCUGGUUAAGCCCUAGUUUACUAUAAUUUACUAACAGUGACAACACAGUUGUAACGUGCUCAAACAUUUCAGCAUCAGUGAUGCUUUUUUAUUCCUGUGAGGACAUUCUUUGUGUAAACAUUUCUUUAAGGCUAUGACAUUUGUGUAGAUGGACAAAUCUAAGAAAAAGAGCAGUAACAAAAGUGGUGCGACGUCUAGUUCUGAGUGGUCACGAACAGGAAGCUUCAUGAAUAAGCCAGAAAUGGGGUGGAUUCACCCAGAUGUCCAGCUUUUGCCUGAUGCUGGUAUCUGCUAUGGUGUGAGGGUAAGUACUCUUUCAUUUAAAGUUGAUUAUAUUCCAAAUGAAUUCAGAGAUACUUAUAAAAAUAGAAAACCUAAAUUUAUGAUAUUAAAUUUAAAAAAAAAUAAAUUCUGCCUCUGAAUAUGUUGAAAUAAUGGCAUAAUUACUUUUUGCCACAGUAUAUAGGCUGCUUAGAGAUAAAAGAAUCUAUGAAAAGCUUAGACUUUGAAACAAGAACUACAAUAGCCAGGUUAGUAUUAAGUAUAAAGCUUAUAAAAGAGCUAUAUUUUGUUAAUUUUUCCCUUAAUAAAUAUUUAAAAUCAUACCGGUAUGUUAAAUGCUUUUGUGUGUUGUGACUGUUUCUCCAAUGACGAAGACACUAAAAUAGAUUUAAGAGGCUGAAGAAACAGUAAUGUUUUGAGAAUAUUUUUAACCAUGCCUGUAUUGCAGCAUCAUUAUAACAAGCUUCAACAUUAGCAGUUGAGUUUCAUUAAUUCUAACCCAGGGGUCGGCAACCUGCGGCUCUUUUGAUGUCAAGAUGCGGCUCUCCAGUUCCAUGCGCAAAUAUUAAUAAUUAUAUUAAAAUUAAUUAAAUAAAAAUGUUAGUGGCUCUUUAAAAACUGGUAAAUUUUGUAAAUUGUAACUUUUGGCUCUUCCGUCUCAAAAGGUUGCCGACCCCUGUUCUAACCUCAUGUCAUACUAGAGAUGUAAUCUGUUAAUUUUUGGUUUUCAAGAAACAUUGAAAAUCCAUUCUCACAGAAAUUAGGCUAAAGUCUUUAUUAAGUAUCUCUAUGGUACUUUUUUAUAAAUAUAUUUUUUUAAUGUGGAGGAAUAUGAAUAAAAUGUUUGUAGUCUCCUUGUAUAAUUUUAUGUUCAUUUUUUAAGAAGAGAGUAGUAAUAGUAAUGAAUCUCUUAUAAUUUGUUGUUUUUAACUACGUUGGCAAGCAACAUGUUCAUUUUAAGUACAAGCAAAAUGCACUGCUGCAUGUUUAUUUAAGGAUUAGGAAAGUACACAACAUUUAUCUUUCUUCUGCUACGGCACUAGAGAGUCAAUAAACAGAGUGGCUGAGGCAGCUGGAUUGAAAACAGCCUCUAAAAGAAAAAAGGUUAGUAAUAAGUAAUACAGAAGCAAUUAAUGGCUGAGAUAACAAUGUCAAAGAGUACUAUGGUUUAUCAAUUUAGAAUGCAAACAUAAUUUAAAAAUCCAAACAUUUUAAUUAGAUCACAUGAAAAUAAAUUUCUAUACACAUACAGAUAUGAUAAGCGCUAUAUAAAAAUGCCUAAAUAAAUAUGUAAAGAUAUCUUUUAAUUUAAAGCACCAAACUUUCCCAAUUUUCCAAUCUUUUCAAAUAAGCAUUUACAUUAUUUAUAACUAACCUUGAAAACAAAUGAAACUACACCAUAAAUUAGAAUUUUAAAAGCAUAGUCAUCAUUGGAGAAAUAAAUUUAUGUUUUUUUUCCAACUGGUUUAAUAGUGAAACAAAUAAAAAAAUAAAUUGAAAGAAUUGAUUUUAGUAAAUUACCAUUGAGCCAUUUGCUCGGUUUAGCAAAUAAAUAUGGGUAGGGAGUAAGAUUUGCACAAUUCACCAAAAAGCUUUCCAUCUACCUGAGAAAAAGUAGGGCAUUCAACCAGUAUCUAAGUAAUUCAUACAUUUACUGAAUGAGUGGGAUAUAGUUUUUAAACAUAAAGCUUCAGUGAACCGGUACUCAAGUGGAUGACUUAAUGGGUAGAAACAUUGUAGGAAAGGCGCAGUGUUAUUGAAGUCCAUCAGUCAGAUAGUUUAUUAUUAGUUUAUAAAAUUUUCAAGUGCUGUAUGCAGCUUAAAACACCAUAGGGAGAGAAAAGGGUGGGAGUGGGAAGGGAAAGUUGGAAGAGCAGAAAUAAAAUAAUAAAAAUACUGUAGAAGUACUAAAGACAUAAGAAGUGAAGAAGUAUGAUAAAUAUAUUUUAAUUUCUUUAUGUACUGAAUAAUUAAGCAAAUGUUUCACAACUGACAGAAGUGGAUUUUCAUUCUUAAUUGGUUAUUGAAAUCUUUCAGAUUGAUCGUAAAUUAGCAAAGAUGAUGGGAGAUUCACCACAUAUGCAGUAUGCUGGGUCCAAUGUUAAUCUCACUAUUACAACAGGGAGCAUAAAUCUGAUGGUCAUGGAAUCAGGGGAGGUUAGUAAUUCAAUAUGGGGAGAAAAAAAACAUUUAAUUAAUUGCGCUACCAAUACUUCAUUAUGAAUGGUUCAAAUAGCUGAAAGUAAUUGUGUAUUUUUUCAAAGUUUAGAAAAUAGAUGAAAUUGAAAUUUAGAAUAAAAUAGAAGGCUUCUUUAUACAUCUAUUGGACUGUUGUCUUAAUUAACUGAGCCACAUCAACAAAAUAUGUUAAAGUUUUAUUUUAAAUUUUGAUUGUAUGAAAUAGCUCUCAAGUCCAAAAUUAGUGGAAGAAAAAAUAAACGUUGUUGCUUAUACUUAGGAGGAUACAAGUUGAAUGAUUAAUUUGUUGGUAUUUAAAAAUUCUGUGAUUUGAAAUUUGAACUCUGUUGAAAUAAAAAUAAUCUAAAAAGCGCUCCAUUUCAUGUUUAUUAUAUUUUUUAAUGAGUUUUGAUGGUAUUGUUUUACAUUAUUUUAAAGUUGCUUAGCAGUGCCUACCAAAUAUUGGCAUUUAGAGAUAAGAUUCAUGAUAAAUGCAUUGAUCACCACCGGCUCAGAAACCUGACCUCUUGUUUCUUAAUAACUAGAUUAUCGCUGAUCAUCCUUUGCACGUAGUUUCUUUUGCUUCUGGUGGUGACGUUGUAAGUAUAAAUAUUUUUUAAAGUUUCAAUUCUCUAGUGCAAAUAUAUAAAUGAUUGGAAUGUUUAAACUUUGAGGAGUGUAAGUGUAAUGAAUGUUAUUGAGCAUUUAAAUUUACUUCAAACUGUCUGCAUAUCAAUAAAUUAAUUCUCUUAUCCUUAGGAUACAUUGGACUUUGUUUCGUAUGUUGCAAAAGAUCCCCAGUACGGUCGUGCCUGCCAUGUUUUAGAGUGUGGUGGUGGUCUAGCAGAGGAUGUUGUAACAACUAUUGGCCAGGCUUUUGAACUUAGAUUUAAACAGUAUUUGAAAAAACAACCUAAGACAGUCCAACUUCCAGACAGGUAAUAUGCUAUUUACUUCUUAGUCAUUUGAUAUGAAAAUGUAAUCAGCCUUGUAGGAUAAAAGCAACAUAGCCAUUUUUUUAAAGGUAAACAUUUUACAUUUUUUAAAAAAGCAACACCAAUAAUUCUUUAAAUAUUUUAAGAAGAGACAACCCUGGAUUUGAAGAUGAAAGGUGGGGUGACAAGGAAGAUUACUACAAUGAUAAUCCAGAUGCAACACCACCCAUUCCUGCCGAGGCAUCUGGUUCUACUCCAAUUGUUCCCCCUCGUCCUGAAUACAGUUUGCCUAGUAAUGUAAGCCUUUAACUUAAAUAAAUAUCAGUUUAAAAUCAACACAGGGGGAUAUGUAUUUUUAAUGUGAUAAGUUAGCUUGUUUAUAUAUAAAGAUAUUUUUAUGUGCAAAUAAACCUUAUGAUUAAUUUAACAAGGGAUUCACUUGGAAAGUUUAAUGUGUUUAAUAGGUUUUCUGCUAUUUUUGUUAGGGACAAUUUAUACUGGCAUAUAUUGUUACUGGUCUGAUUACAGUUUUAGUUUUAUAUAUAGUUUUCUUUGUUUUUUCUUGUAAUGUUUUUAGUAUUUUGUGACUACUGAACUAUGCAAUUUUUCCAGCCGAUAUUCUUUCUUUUAUUUCUGUUAGUAAUUAAUUUCUUUCAUUUAUUAAGGAUCCUAGAAAUUUGAAUUGAUACACUUUUUCAAAAGUGUGGUUGCUAAUUUUAAUGGUUUCAUCGGUCUGUUCUUUUCUUAACAUAGUGAUGUAUUUUGUUUUUUGGUCAACUUCCAUCUCUGCUUUUAGUGAUGACAUCUUCUAAUUCAAUGAAAGCUUAUAAUAUAUCUUUAUUACUCUUCCCUAACAGUGCUAUGUCAACAAACAAAAAAAUGUGCAAAACAGUAAAGGGGUUGGUGUAGACAGUACCUAGUCAGUACCUAUUGCUUGUUGGUCUCAAGUUUCCCUCAGAAAGUAUCCUGUGAUUGUUCCAAGGGUGUCAAUAUCUAUGCUUCUUAUAACUCUUUUUUAAUUUAAGUUUAAAUAGCAUACAAGACGGAGAGUCUCCUUGUCUUAGGCCUCGUCUAAUCUGAAAUUUCCUUGAAAAUUUACCCUGAACCUUGAUUUUGCUUUUUUAUUUCUUUUAAGUUAGGGUAUAUGUAUCAUUCUUGUAAGUUUUUUUUGAAAUGCCAAACUCCUUCAGAGUCUCAUAUAGAUAUUUUCUUUUGAUACUGUCAUAAGUCAUUCUAUAGUCCACAUAGAGUUGAUGUACUGGGAUAUAUUAUUCAUAAUAUGUCUCUAAUCGGCAUCUGAUGGUAAAAAUCGGAUACUUUCUCUUCAUGCCAGGUUUUAAGUUUAUGUGUCUGUGUAAAUUUCUUCUUCCAUAUUUAAUAAGUUCUGUUUAUAUGAGGUCUUCAGGGGGUUUGUUAAUUUUUUCAAAAGUUGGCGGCCUUGUCCUCCAUGUGGUGGUUGAUAAUCUUCAUCUUGUCCUUUGCAUUUAGUAUGGCCUCAAAAUAUUAAGCCCACCUCUCCAGUACUUAACUAUUUUCCGUAAUGAAUCUUUGCUGUCACACAUUUGAGGUCUUCUAUUUCUUUUAGUUUAGCUUUUUCCCUUUCCUUUUUUUCUUCCUGCACAUUUUUGUGCCUCUCCUGGCUUUAUUGUAUAUUUGUCUUGUAUUUCUGGUUUUCCUUUGUAUCGUGGUCAUUCGUGCCUUGUUCCUUUCUUUGACAACAUUUCUGCCAGACACUGGAGUAAUUUAAAACCAAUUAAAAAACACAUCUAUUUCACAAACACCUUCUGGGGUGAUGCUAUCUACCAUCUUUUUCAGUUAAUGUAUAUUGGCUUGUGUUGCUUAUGGUUGAAACGGGAUGAAGGACUUUGACUGGGUAGCUUUAUAUGGUUGCGUCUGUUUUUAAAUGUGGUAAAUUUUAGAUUGUUUUUAUUUCUCUUUUUAAUAUGGUUGACUUUGUACCGCGCUUCGAGCUUUUGGGGAUGAAGCGUGUUUUUCAAAUAAACUUUAUUAUUACCGGUAUUAUUAUUAUUAUUGUUCAUGAUCAAACCAGCCUACUCUACUGUUGGUUUGCUGAAAUCCUGCUUUUUUUUCUGCUGAUUUUUUCCAUUGCUUUUUUUAUCCUCUCCUAUCAUUUGUGUUAUUUUCCCUGUUUAUUCUUUCUGUGAUGUUUCUAGUUGGGCUUCUACUUCAUUUUGGUAAGCUUUUGCAGUUAGUGGGGUCUUUGGUGAGUUUUUGGUAAUGAUACCGUUUUUCUCUUUGGUUUCAGCCAUUGUGUGUUAUGCUUAUUCUCUGCUUAUAUUUAACCCCACCCUUACAAGUAGAUUGUCAAGGUCUGCAUCUGCUCCUUGAUAGUGUCUUAUUUUUAGUAUGUCUGAUCCAUGGCUCUAUCGAUUAGAACAUGGUCAGUUUGGUUUUGAGUGAUUCCAUCUGGUGAGUACCAAGUAACUCUACGUACAUUCUUGUGUGGAAACUUGUUGCUGCUGUCAUCCCUUUUCCUGAGGCAAAGUCUAUGAUUCUGAUGCCAUUUGUCAUUGGAUUCUUCAUGUAGUGAAAUGGCUAACAAGAAAUACAAAUUAAUUUUAAGUAUUUAAACACUUUCUGUUAUAUUUAACUACAGAAACCCCUUCAAGAAGAAAAAGACACAGAAUUCCCUAACUUUGACAGAAGUAAGUACUUUGAAAGGCUAAUAUUAGGUUACCAUAUAUACUCGCUCAUAAGCCCGUUCAUUCAUAAGCCAACCCUUUAGUUUUGUCAAGGAAAAGCAUGAAUAGUAUGUAACCCAGUUGUUAUGCACUGGUUUUGUUUGUAUGGAAUAGUUGUUGAUCAUGAGAUGGUGAAUAGUUUUGUGAGGGCCAGUUGUGAUUGGUCGAUGGGGUGUAAGUUAGUAUGUCAAGUGUUGCUGAGAGUUCGGUAGUUAGUUAUCUUCUUAGAGCAAUCCUAGUUUGCCUGUGACAAAUUGUUAAAUUUAGCGUAGAACAGUAUUGUCCCCAUAGUGUAGUUAGGCUUUUAUAGAGGAGGUUUGUGAACUUGUUGUUAUUCAAUUUGGCCUUGUAAAUAAAUAACUUUAGCGUUGUCAACCUGGUGUUUUAAUUGCUUUUCAUCAUCCAGUGUAGACAGAACGAUGAAAGUAUAUCCUAGAACAUAUUUUCCCCUUAGACAACACGGAGCCUAUCAAACUACCCGUACCGUAAAUGAAUCUACUGCAGGAUUUAAAAAAUUUUGCAACUUGCUCUAAGAAAGAAGUUCACUACACUAGUCCCAUAAAAUAAUAUGUCAGUAGAUGCAAUACGAUACUUAAAGAAUUAUAUUUCUUUUAACAAACUUCACAUCAAUCUGUUUAUACAGUAACCCUUAUAAACAAAAUAUUUAAAAAAAUAGGACCUCUGCGAUCUACAAUAACAAUUUAAUCAUUCAAUGUAGGUGCUUUGAUACUCUCUAAGCACAGUCACUCUCAUACACGGCCAAUUAGUUAACAGCUUAAACUUACGUUUAUUACUUUUUUCUUCAUUGUUUUGUAUAAUAGAGUCAAUGUACCCGGAGAAGAUUAUAAAAAUCUCCUAUGACCCACUCAUAAGCCGACUACCUAACUCAUUCUCCUGAAAUCUUUUUAAAACAUGCUUAUUUGGGGUACGAAUGGGUAAUUAAAGUGAGCUAACAUGAAUUGAAUGUAAAUGUACCAGUGCAGUAUAUCAUUCCUACAAAUUUUAUUUUAAAAAUCUUCAUUAUGAUGUUUUCUAAAAAUUAAUCAGCAUAAAUUGCUUAUAAAUUAUCGUUGGUGUGAAAGUUAGCUCAAGUGAAAAAUAUCAAUAUAGUUUCGUGUCUUAUAAGACAUGAACUAAUUAUACUGUAUUAAAAUGUGACCAUUGAAGUUUAAACUUUAAACCCACAAACUUUAAUAAAGAGGUUGCAUGUUUCUUAUCUGAACUAAUUGUUUCAGCUUGUAAAAUAAUAAAUGAAUCUUUUUAUUGUGAAGCUGAUGGAUCCAUUGCAAGUGAACAGACAAAUGGUGUGGAGUUUGAUCUCAAAGGAAAGCCCAGUGAAAAAGAGCAAAGCUUUAGAACGAUGGAUGCAUUUGAUAUGGGUAAAGUAUAAUUUUGUUAUCUAUUUCAAGUUUGUUUGCCACAAAACCCAAAGCUCUCCAAGGAGGAAUAAAAGGAAAUUAUGUAGUACAAGGUGGGGGGACACCUGAAAAAACAUGAUCGCUGAUAAGGCUUGUUGUUGACACGUUUCUGGUUUUGUUGUGAUUUUAAAAAAAAAAAAGUUUUCCCCUAUUUUGUACUUGUACUACAUAUUUCCUUCUACUUCUACCUAACCUUUUCAAAGUCUACCCCCUUAUUAUCAUAAGGAUGUACUACAUAUUUCCUUCAUUACAUGGCCUAACCAGCAAAGGCGCUUUUUCCUAAGAGUGGAAAUAGGCUACACAUUUUGGCACGUUCCAAGACAUUUGUGUUUGGCACCUUGUCCUGCCAUCGAAUGCGUAAAAUGCGACACAGACAUCUUUGAUGGAAGCUGUUGAGUUUCUGCUCAUGACUGGUAUGUGUGGACCACACUUCACUGCCAUAUAGGAAACGUACUAAGCAUGCAAGCCUGAUAGACACAAUUAAAGCUUGUUCAUAGUUUAAAAAUGAACAUACCUAUCAGUUCAAACUUACUUUCUGUGGAACUUCUCUUCAAAAAUUUUAACGCAUUCAUCAGUCAAGAUGAUUAAAUAACCUAUCAUUUGAUGCUGCUACCAAAUAGCGUUCUAAGCGCUUGAAUGAUUAAACUAAUUUAUGCAAAUUUUUGUACUUGAGAAACUUAUCAUUCAGAAUCAGUGUGUGUAAAAAGCAUUCAACUCCAGGGUGGUGUCUAGUCAUCUCAGCACUUACAUAGCCUUGGAUGCUAAAUUUCAACAGAUCAGUCCCUUUCUCUUCCAUUCAGUUUCAAAUGUUUGCAUCGAUUAUUGCUGCAGCUUUUUGAUCGUGAACUGCACACAAACCUACACAUUUUUUUUUUGCUGAAAUUAUUAAUUUAUAGUUUUCCAUGUCAGUCUCAACUGGCACUUUGUUUGAUAAACUUUUAAGUAAUCUUGAAUUAUUUUUGUGGUGACUGGAACCACGUUUACCACCUCCAUAAAUUUACAUAUAAUAUUAACAUUGUUCAGACUUUGUAUUUCAUCAGAAACUCCAGUGACAUAACACUUAGACAUUUGACAACUUACAAGUUUUGGAGACUAACAUAACCAAGUGCCUUGCAAUCUUUUGUUCUCAUCACAAAAUGCUUUUAUUACAAAACUUUUAGUUUUGAUUCUGAUCCAGAGGGAAAGCAUCUUUGGGUCACAUGGUUCACGUUUCAUGAAAACCCUUUGAUUCUUUUCUCACUUGCAUGGACAGAAAUAUUGGCUCAGUCUGUUGGAAAUUGAUUUAAUUGGUGCUCAUGACUUUGUUUCAAUUGAAAGAGAAGCAAAAUUUCUUUGCUGUUGAAACAUUUUUAGUCUUGACAGUUUAGGCAUCAAAUUUUUUUUUGGAAGCAAUAACACUAUAAUGACCACUACACCCUUGCCCCACUGAGACUUUAUAUUUCUUUCAUUAUCACUAGUACCUUGUGUUCUAAAAGUCUUCUUGACACCUUUGAUUUUUCAACUCAUAUUGACAUUGGUUUGGCAACAAUCAGGGCAUAAAAUCUGAAUGGGAAGUAAUACCAGGUAUAGUUUUAUCUCUUAGGAUUGUAAAAAAAAAAAUGGAAAUAAGGCCAAUGCAAAGAUUGUGAAAUUUAUUUAAAGUUCACAUUUUUCUCAUAACUUUUGUUUUCAAGAUUUGGCCGGGUCCCUCAAUACAACCAGGUUCUAGCUGCUACCACAGUAGUUACGCCGCUGGUAUUUGCUGUUAAUUGGUGUACAAAUAUGUUUUAAUUAUACAUAAUUCAUAAUAUCCAUUACAGAGGUUUUUAGUGUAGAACUGCCACCCGCACCAGAACUUCCUAUUUCACCAUCUUCCACCAAAAGGAUCAGUAAGGCUGAAGUGGAAAAGGAUUUGAGGGAAAACAAAUCAGCUGCUGAAGCUCUAGAGCCGGUAUUUGAAGAAUGGUACCACAGCGACAUAACACGCAAACAGGUCAAAACUAUUACAUUUAUACUCAACACAUGUUCAUCUGUUAUAAAUAACUGACUAAGCUGUUUUGAAGGGUUUAAUUCUGUCAAAUUAAAAAAGAAAGACAAAAAAAGAAUAUUGUUUCUAAUAAAAAUGAUUGACAAAAUGGAACGGGUAAUUGUUAAUCUUAUGAGGUUAAUCGGUCAAUGGUCUAGAAAAGUAAAGGAUGCUCUAUUAGUAUUAGACCUAUAAUAUAAAUCAGUUUGACCACUUUCAGUAAGUGAUGUGAAUAGUGAUUGCAAAUGACUUUGAAAUGUCUAAAUAUUAAGUAUUGCAAAAACUGACUGACAAGGUUGUUAGUUUUAAAAAAUUAUUUCAAAUUCAACUCUUAUAACUUAUGCAUGAAAAACAAAGUACUUAACAAGUAACAACAACACCAUCUAAUCUUAUGAAAUAUGCAGACUUUGUUAUUAGGACAUAUAUCUAACUAACUAAGUACCGGGUAUUAAAUGUAUCUUUAAAUCUAUUUAAAAAUUAAAAAAAAUAAACAUUUUUAUUGCAAAAAAAAAAAAAAUUAAAAAAGAAAUUUCUAAUCAUUUUCUUUUGUAUGAUUAUUACAAAACUACAUAAGGAAAUGAAGUAUACCUCAAAUAUCUAUGAUUUAGAAAUUUCUAAAUAUUAAGUAUUGCAAAAAAUGACUAACAAAGUGUGAGUCAUGUUGUAGCUUGUCUGGAGCUGAGAUAUUGUUGUUUUAUUAAUUAUUUACUACCUUUUUUUACCCCAUGAUUCGAUUUUAAAAAAUAAUUACUUUUGAAUAAUCAUACUGAUAAGUAAAUGGCAAUUUUUAAUUUCUUUACUUUAUCUAUAUACUAUACCUGGUACCACAUCUAUACUUGAAAUUAAGUAUGAACACGUGCAUGGAUAUAUUUUUAUAUUUGACAGGCUGAAGCAUUGCUUGAAUUUGAUGGUGACUUUCUUGUAAGGAAGAGCUCAAACAGUCCAGGCCAAUUUGUUCUCAGCGGAAAACAGACUGGUGCACCCAGGCAUCUUUUAUUAGUCGACCCAGAGGGCAUUGUAAGUUUUAUUUUGUAUUUUUUGGGGCUAGAUGCUAGUAAAAACAUGAAUGAUAAAUUUCUAGAUUAAAAGACAAGUAAAUUAUACAUUACUAAUGUAAAUUAUGAAAAUCUCAUUGGAGGGGGUAUUAAUCAUGAUAUAAAUGGAAAACUCAAAAACUUAAAGAUAAAUAAAUAUUUCAUUUUAUAUGUACAAGUUGUCAGCUGACUAAAUGAAUUCAAAGUUAAAAGGCAGUAAUGAGCAAACAAAAAUAGUUUUAUGAACUUUGAUUACAGAAAUACUGUUUUCUGACUCAGGGCAUGGCAAGUCCUAUGACGUUAUUUAUAAUAAUUUCUAAAAUGCAAUUUUUAAUAUUUACAUUCAGGUGAGAACAAGGGACUUCAUAUUUGACAGUGUCAGCCACUUAAUCAACUACCACAGACAAAACAACCUCCCAAUCGUCACACAAGGAAGUGAACUACAACUUGUCCGACCCGUUAAAGCUUGCAUCUCUGCAAUUUAAUCUGUAUUAAUAAUGGUUUUGGAUGUUAAGUGUCAUUAGUUUCUUGUAUAGUCUUUUGUACAUACUGUUUUUUCCUACAAACAGAUUGACAGAAGUAAGUUUAAUACAUGUAUCCUAUUUAUUUAUUUUUUAAAAAAGGAAUAGUAGAGUUCUAGUGAUCAGUAUUUUACAACAAAAGUGACAAAAGCCGUAGAUAGUUUCCUUUUUUGUUGUUGUAUAACAUUUACCAAGUCUUGUGAGUUGGCAAGUUCGCUGCAGUCUUCCCAUGUCAUUGUUUUUACGUUUUUAUUCAGGAUAUUUUUCCCGACUCAAAGAAUAACUGCCAAGCUGGGCUGAUGAGUUUAUUCUUUCGGUUAUUUGUCCAUAGUUGGGGACAACUGACAUAUUUUAACCUGCUCCCUACUGGUUGUUAAGGAGACAGCUCAAUAGCCAUGUAAAUAUAACAUAUUUUAAUUAAAUUUGGUCAAAUUUACAGUCAGUGAAAUAAUAAUAAAUUGUUCUUAAAUUUUGCCAAAUUCAUGCAUGAUAUAUUUUUAUGUUUGGUCAGUAAAUUGAAAAAACAUUUUCAUGAAAUUUUCCUUUUUUUUAUACAACUUUACCUUUAAUUUGUUGACAUGUCUUAAAAAAAAAAGAAAAAAGCAAUGUUUUUUUUAAUGAUAUAACUGAUCUUUAGAGUUGAGUGUUUAAUCUAUAUAUUAAUAUGUAGGAGGCUAAAGCUACACUAUGAUUAUAGUGAAAUUCAGAUAGAAAUAUCUCCUUACAGUUAAAAAACUUAAUCCAUGAGAAUAAUCUGCAAUUCAUUUCAUUGUUUUUUUAAAAUUGGUACUUGCCUCUUAUUGUUGAAUCCUCUUAUUCUUUUAUUGCAUAAUUCAUAUUGUCAAUUAAGAAAUUCUAAAUUACAGCAGUAUUUAAUGUAUUAAGAUACUUUGAAGAUAUUUCUAUGUGUGCAAAUAGGUUGCUUUAGUAAAUGAUGUAACUUCUAAGAUUUAAUAUAUGGUUUUUGUGAGAGCCACCUAUAUUUUUUGUAAAAAGCUUUUAUUUCUUAAAUAAUGUUGCAUCUAUGCUGUCUUACCGCAUAGGGCACCAUGUUGUGAUCUGUUGUUUUAUUGAAGUUAUUUGACAUGUGCUUUGUGCAAUUCUUGAAGAAACAAGAAUGAAAGAACCAUUAAAUAAAAGUGGAUUUCACAUCAAGACUUUUCACCCACUAAUCCAUUGAAAUUUACUUUCAGUCACAUUCAAGGAUGUGAGCAUGUGAAAAAUUUAAGUGGAAAAAUACCAAUCUUUUCUUAGAGCAAACAAUCAAGGAGAUGUGGAGUUCUUUUUAAGAAUAAAAUUUCACUUUCAAACUGAAACAUGUAAUGUUUGCUAGAAUUUAUGUAUUGUAAGCAUUAACAGGAUAAGAUUGUCAUCUA